AGUUCACAGCUACUAGUCUGGGAACUCUCACCAUAUGUGCGCUUUGGCACAUUUCUGCACCCGUUGCUGCAGAGCAUCUGCUCCCCGGGCACCGCUCUGGUUAGGACCACUCGGUUGAUCCAGCCUCUCUCCAGGUCAGGGAUACGAGUUUGGGAAGAUGAUGGUACCGGAUCCGCUGCGAUCGACCACGGACGUUGGGGGCGGAGAGGACACGUCGCUCGCAUUACCGUCCGACAAGAGCUUGAGCUCCGGACACCAGCGCGUCCUCAGCCAGGUCCACAGCAUAAAGAGGAGCAAGUCCAAAUACAAGAACGGCACCAUAGGCCCUACGCAGCAGUCUUCCAAAUCCUAUAAUGAGUUUGGAACCAGCAAGUUUAGUGCAAAGAGCACCUACAAGCGCACCAAUUCUGCCCCAUCAGGGGGCUUCAACAAAGGGACGGUCCGAAGUCUGACUACUAAAAAUACCAGAGGACGAUAUGUCAGCACCAAAGCUGAAAAGCAAAUCAUGACCACCACCUUGACACAGAACCUAAAUGGGCUGCAACUUAGUCGCAGUGACCCUGCUUUGGAUGAUGUCCCUCACAAGCUUCCAGCUGUUAGCAUGAAAAUCAAAGGGCAGCCUAUUCCAAGCCAAAACAGUCUUCUAGGUGGUAGAGAAUCUCGUUCAGUGAUUAAUAGGAAUUUCACUGAGAACCACACACACACUUUUCCGAUGUCUUCUGGACACUCCCUGAUUGAUGGCAAGUCUGGCUCCUUAAAGAUGACCAAAUUGGAGCAGAGAUCUUUGGUGAACUCUGCAACAAAUGUCUCAGCUCUAACCCUAAAGGAGGCAGUGGAGUACUUGAAAGAGCCUGAUGAGAACUUAAAUCACCGUGGGGCCAGCUUCAUACAACACACCUGCUUUAAUGAGGAGUCGGCCAAAUCUGAGGUCCUCAGUCUUGGUGGAAUUCCACCCCUGGUCAACAUGCUGGAAAGCUCUAAUCCAGACGUAGCCCAGGUUGCUUCUGGAGCUCUGAGGAAUCUCGUCUUCAAGAAUCUGGAAAAUAAAAUUUCAGUUCAGAAAUAUGGUGGUAUAGCUAAGGUCCUGAACCUGCUAAAGAGGACAGAGUCUACGGAGACCAAGAGACAGGUCACAGGCCUGCUCUGGAACCUGUCUUCUGCUGACGAACUGAAGGGAGAACUAAUGAGAACAGCACUUCCUUCUCUGACUAAAAAUGUGGUGGUGCCAUUUGUCAACUUGUCAGAAAGUGCUGACUGCCCAAAUAUAGAUCCAAGUGUCUUCCUUGGUGCCACUGGCUGCCUGAGGAACCUGAGCAGUGGAAAAGAGGACAGGAAAACAAUGAGAGACACCAAGAACCUCAUUGACUCUCUAAUGAAACAUGUUUUGUCUUGCGUGGCAGAAGAUAGCCCAGAUGAAAAGUCAGUGGAAAACUGUAUGUGCACCCUACAUAACUUGAGCUAUCAAGUUUGGGCAGAGUGUCCAGAGAUUUCCGAGAAAUUCAUGGAAUCAAGAGGGGCCCAAUCUGAGAGGGAGACAAAUCCCAAUGCUGGAUGCUUCAGCCCCAGAAGCAGAAAAGCUCAAAACACGUUGUUUUCUGACUCACCACAAAUAAACAGCAAACCUUCGGGGGCCGAAUGGUUGAUUGAUUCUAAAGCCGUGGAUGGCUAUGUGUCUCUGCUAAGAUCAUCCAAGAAUGAUGCCACUUUGGUGGCCUGCUGUGGAGCCUUGCAAAACCUCACUGCAAGCAAAGAGGAGGGGUCUGCAGCUCUGAGUGAGAUUUUGUAUAAAAAGCUUGAGUCCGAGUUACUCCUACCCUUUCUGAUUCAGUCCCCUAACAAAGCUCUUAGGAAGACCUCUUUCUCUCUUUUGGAUAACUUGUCUCGCAAACCCAAUUUGCAAUCCAAGAUGGCAAAGCAAGCUUUGCCUGAACUUACAAAGCUAUUCUGCAGACCUGAUUGGAAAAAGGAAACUCAACCUGAAAUUGUUGCAACUGUUGCUUCCAUAAUCAAUAGACUGUUGCUGGUAGAAAGUGAGGUCAGCAAGAAAGUUAUUACUAAGGAUCUAGUUUUGGAGCUGAUAGACAUGAGUGAAAAAGGGCCUGACAACGAAGCCACGACUGCAGCCUCAAAGCUGCUAUACAACUUGUGGUCUGAUAAGUUUUUGCAAACCUUCACAAAAAAGCUGAAGAUAGACAAAGCACGCUUCGUAAACUUCAAAACUAUAACAGCCAUCAAGGGCUCCAGUUAUGAUGUAAUUGAAUCACAGCAGGAUAAAUAAAGGAAGGAAACCGGCCUGAUUAGAGGCUUCCACAGUCACACCCUUAAAGUCUUCACCUUCUGAAUGCUUUGCCUUGUUGGAGGAACCUCUCAGUUAUCUUCUUCAGACAUUGUGUAUAUAAAGUUAAAAGAUUUUUACCUUGUCUUUGUGAAUAAUGAGAACGGGCUUGUAAUUUAAUUAGAAAAUGUUAGUGUUUUGUAGGUUAGGUAUGAGAGUGUGUGUGCACAAGUACUAAAAGCAAAUUCAAACAGCCUUCAACACACAUCCUCACCUCCAUGGAUUGUUGUUACAUUGAUUCCUAAAACUCUAAGUAUGUCAUCACUAUAAAAUGUGGUUACUGGCGGCUAGAGCAUAAUUAUCUAGUGUGGUGUUAAGAUUUAAGAAGUCUAGACAAAAAAAAAAAAGAAACAUGGAAAAAAAAAGAUAACAAAGGUGUUUUGUUAUACGUAUGUAGUUGUGAAAUUGUUGCUUGCUGGAGAAAUAUGGGCUGUUCUUUCUACGUCGUCAAACAAAAUAAUACAAAAAAAAAAGACUUUGUCCUUUUUUCAGUAACUAUUCACACAGUUCACAUAUUUUUAUAAAUGAAAAAUCUAACAAUAUCAAUUCAGAUUUAAUUAAUGCACUUGCAGAUACUGCCCAUCUACAGAUAUGUCUGUCUGUCUGUAAGGGGUCCAUCUUCUGAAUGUAAUUAUGGAUCUUGCUAAUCAUUUUGCUUCUUUGCCAAUUAUAACAAUAAUAGUUUUGUACCUUACGUGAAGUUUUUACCCUUUUAUCUUUUUUAAAUUUUCUUUUUUUUUUAAGUUAAUACCACCUUGAC